AUGGGCAUGGUUCACUUCGGGUCCAACGUCACGCUAGGCCUCCGAUCCAGUCCCUCCAUGCACGAAACCUUCCACAGAGAAUUGAAAAAGAGCCGUGAAUUCGUUAUCGGAGCUGGCGCGAGCCGAUGCCUCGGUGGUUCCACCAACGAGGUCACGAAACUGGAGAGACUGCUGGCCGACUUCCACCACGGCAAAGAGGUCGUGUUCUUCAACUCAGGAUACGAAGCCAACGUUGGUAUAUAUGGCACCUUGCCUCAACCCGGGGAUGCCAUAAUCCACGACUCCAUGGCUCACGCGAGCAUUCGUGACGGCGUUCGUUAUGUCCGUGCACCCAUCCUGCGGGAGAAGAACGGUGUUCCUUGCUCUGGAGUCUUUUACAGUAUGGAAGGGGAUAUCUCGCCCAUCCCGGAGAUUGUCUCGCAUGUUAGAAGUGCUCUACCGGCUGGCAAUGGAGUUCUCAUUGUUGAUGAGGCUCACUCGACGGGUAUAUUUGGACCCAACGGCUCAGGAUACAUAUGUCACUUGGACCUGGAGAAGGAACGCAUAAUUUCGAUGCAGAGCUUUGGCAAAGGCCCUGGUGCUUUGGGUGGUGUAGUUAUUUUGCGAUCCUUUGAUCAAAGAAUAUAUGGCCAACUUCGCACGAGGCCUGAUGUACUCGACCGGGCCUUCCUUCCCCAAAGUCGCCGCCAUCAGAGCUUCGAUCGCCACCCUCAGCAGCGCAGACGGGGAGCAGCGCCGCCAGAGGCUCCGCGCAAACAUCAAACUCUUCCACCAAUCCUCAUGCAUCCGAGGCGACAGGCUCUAUCAAACUCCGGGAUUCUAAAAUUCCCCUCCUUUGAGCAGACGAAGAACGAUGAGGUGUUCGUGGCCAUCAUCCCCAUCAUCACGGAGCAAGGACAAUGCCACAAGCUACAGCAAAGACUGCAGGAACAAAGGUUCCGCACCCAUGCAGUCCGAAACCCCGCCAUCCCGAAGGAGGAAGAGCGCGUUCGCUUGAUGCUGCACGCGGAUAACAAGCCGGACGAGAUCAGAGGCUUUGUGCGUGUGUUGAUGGAAUGGGGCUGGGAAAUGAUUUCCCUACCUCCGUCUCCGAAGACUGCUCUCCGUCAACAUGGUGAGAGAACUCCCGUCACCAAGUCCUCCCUGGAUCUUCUCCCCGUCCAAGAUUAUGCGAGUCUCGAAUUUCCAUCCGACUCUUCUCCGCAGACCAUGCACACCAGUCCGGUUGUGAUACCCCCGAAGCGGGCUCCUCGCGUGACCUCGGUACAUUCGCAGACCGCAAAGAAAGGGCCAGCCACGCCGAAGAAGUCUAGAACGGUGUCUCACAAGUCGUCGUCGGCCACUUUGACUGACCGGUCCGUGCCAAGUUCGAUUGCGUCGAUUCUGGAAGCCACGGCAAUCCCCGUGCCUCGCCGGGGCUGGACUGUUCGAGAGUCUCGCAACCGCAGAAAACUGCCUCGUGUGGAUCAUGUGCAGCAAUUCAGCAAGCUGUUGAUGGACGGUGUGGGCGAUAAUUCGAUGGAGAGCACGGGCAACACGGUGCUGGAUCUACUUCUGAGUCCUCCGGAUGAGGUCGACAAGUCUACCGUUGGGAGUGAUUGUGAUAGUGAGGCGCCGUCUUUCUCCGCUUGCUCUAUGUCCCUUGAGUCGACGCCGUCGUUGGAGCGCGACUACGACUCACCGUCCAGUCUCCCGGCACCGUCUACGCCGUCAAGCCAGCGGAGCCCGUUAGAACGAAAGUUUCACCGCCAAUCGCCCUGUGAGAACUGCAUCUUCGACCACCCUUUGCUAGAAAACGAAGUGUCGGACACGGAAGAGGAUUUUGUCGAACAGGCCUCAUUGCCCGAUCUGACCCCGAGGAGCCCGACACCAUCUCGAACGUUCCCGCGGUUAGGAUCCACAUUCAAAUCUAACCUAACGGCUUCUUUGCGAGCAAUCAAAUCUGCUGCGCAGAGUGUUUCGGCCUUUGCUACUCCUUCCGUUCAGCCGGACGACUUUCUGACCCGGUCUCUCUUCACCAUUACACCGGAGAUGACGGACGACCGACGGCCUCCGCCCAUGAACGAGCCGCCAUCUCCCGCACUCCGACGGUACCUGAACCCAAUAACGGUCUCACCAGCGGAGAUGUAUGCUUAUCAGGAAUACCCACACGAGUCCCUUGAUAGCCCCAACUGCCCGGUUUCCGUGCAAAUGCAAACGUACCAUCGCUCGGGUAGGCGCGGCAGUCGCAGGAGCGGGUUCCACCUAGCACGCUCUGAGGGCCGCGACCGACAGCUGCUACCAUUCGACCCGGAGAUUCCACCCAUGUCACGCCAGCGCGAGCCGCGGGAGAACAGCGAUUUCCUGCGCAUGGUGGUUCUCGAGAUGAACAUGCGACGCAGCGGCAAGCUUCGGGACGACGUUCCGACGCGGGCCCGAAUUUGGCUGCCUCCCCGCAAGGGCAGUCAGGGCCGUUAUGUUCGGUAUGACUAUUACGAGGAUGAGGAUGAGGACGAGAACGCAGUUCCCUCUCGUUGGGUCGGGAUCUCCGUCAGCAGUCUGUAAAACAGUGCCACUUUACCUCAAGAUUCUUUUUGCUUUACACACACUCAAUGCGCACAGCGAGGCGCAUGGAUUUCGGACUUGGCUAUUCCUUUUACAUUGCUUUUCUUGUACAUAAUUUUGCAUAGAUAUUGGAGGCGUUCCCCUUUGGGUUAAAGGGGCAUAGCGAGGCGUUUGGGAAGGGGGGAGAACCACCUAUUCAUUUGGAAUAUUGCUAGAAUACACCUGGCUGGCUUUUAAGUAGAACAAUUGCU